AUCUAUUGAUUGUCAUUAUACAGAAGUUGAAUAAGGAAAUGAAGAUUUAGCCUUUUAAUUUCUUUUGUUUGUUCAUUUUGAAGAAUGAUAUAGAGCUAGCAUUAGGUCUAGCUGAUCUUGACAUGGCCUUGUUUGAGGAUGAGCUUGCUAAACCCGAAGUUGACAGUUCAACCGAGCAGAAAGCUCAUUAUCAGAAGUGGGAAAGGGCUAAUAGGCUAAGUAUAAUGGUUAUGAAGAAAUCUAUUUCUUCAUCCUUCAAGGUGAGUGUUCCAAAUGAGACAAAUGCAAAGAAAUUCCUUGAUGCUAUUAGGCAACGAUUCCAAGAGUCUGAGAAAGCUGAGACUGGGGAACUGAUGCAGAAGUUAUGUAAUAUGCAAUAUGAUGGUGUGUCUAGGAUUAGGGCUCAUAUUUUGAAAAUGCAAUACAUUACUGAUCGUCUCAAUAGUCUCAAAGUGACCAUUACUAAACCUUUCCUUGUUCACAAAGCCUUAAAUUCCCUUCUAACAUCUUUUGGCCAAAUUAGAACCAUAUACAAUGCUCAAAAGGAAACCUGGAAUGUGAACCAACUUAUUUCUAUUUGUGUUCAAGAAGAAGAAAAUCGAAAGAAACAAAAGGUAGAGAGUGUGAAUUUGGUGUAUCAACCACAUUCAGGUAAAGAUAGUCAUAGCAAAGGAUAUUCUCACCACCACAAGAGGUCUGGGUUUAAUAAUAAAGUCAAGAGUAGGGAAGUUUGAUAAGAAACCUAGUUAUAAACCCAAUGUAGUUGGACCUAAAGCUGAUAUCAAGAAAAUUGAAGUCUGUUGGUUUUGUCGUGAGGGAGGUCACAGGAAAAGAGAUUGUGCACAGUAUAGGGCUUGGUUAGAAAAGAGAAACAAAGAAGGUAAUUUACAAACCUUCGCCUGUCUUGAAACUUCCUUAAUAGAUUUCCUCCUAAUUC